AAUUUUUAGAUCCACCAAAGUUCCUUUUUUUCUGUGAAAAAAAAAGGUUCUGAACACAGAAUUUUACCCGAGUCCAGUGGAGAAUGGACAGUGUUGGGCUAAUUGGGCCGAACCUGGCCUGCGCAGCAUAAAACACUCGUUCCUCUUCCGCCACGCUAAAAAAAAUAGAACUUGUUCCUCUUGGGCGAAGCCCCGGAGCCGGCACAAAGGGGUCGAAGAGCCAGCCGACGAGGGGGAAGCGGCGGGAAAUCAUUUCGCCGUCAAGCGGAGAGCUCUCCCAUCCCAAUCCCAUGGCGGCGACCGCGGAGCUCGUCUGAUCCUAAUCGUGCUUAAGGGUUUGGUAUUUCAGCUGCUUCGGCAUUGGGUGCUCACUAUGGUCACUGAAGAAACCAAAUCAAUGAAGCAAAUAAAUGAGGAAUGCAUCAUAAACCACCUCCCAGGGGACCUCAUUGAGCGGGUCUUUUUGAGGCUUCCAGUGAGCACUCUGUUGACGUGCGUCGGAGUCUGCAAGCAUUGGCACAACAUCAUCCGGGAUCCACAGUUUGUUGCAUUGCACCUCCAGUGUGCGCCAAGUUAUGCCCUUGUGUUCUUCCCGCCAGGUUUGGUUUCAGGGAAGCACUACCCUAGCGAUGCUGUCCUAAUUGAUGAAGCCUGGUCGCCAUCGACAUAUACAGUGCCAGUGAUUGGGCCUGGUGAUUUCCUUUUUGGUUCAUGCAAUGGCCUUCUUGGCUUAUACACAAAGACAUCAAUGAUCAAGAUAGCUAACCUUGCAACUGGUGAAUGUCUACAUCUUGGGAAACCUGUGAAGAAUCUGAAAGGUGAUCAUUUCUGUUUCUAUAGCUUUGGAUUUCACCCCGUGACAAAAGAAUACAAGAUUACACACUUCCUUGGUGAUUGCAUUAAUGGUCGUCCCCAUAAUAAAGACAAGUUCAACAUCAUUCAAGUUUACACGCUUGGUGAUGAGAAAUGGAAAGAUAUCCAAACUCCAGAAGCUCUUAGCUUGAUCAGUGUGAGAAACUCUGGAGUUGUCAAUGUUGAUGGGAAAAUGUAUUGGUUAACUGAAGACAUGUCAGCUAGCUGGCAGCAUGCAGUUAUGUCCUUUGAUAUCAGGGAAGAAAGUUUUGCAAUGAUACAACUGCCAGCAGCACGCGAAGAUCAUGAUUACUAUGGUUCUCGUAAGUUCUUGAUCAGAGAUAUAGAUGGGAAAAUAUGUAUAGUGACUGCUCAAACUAGUCGUUAUGAUGCCCGAACUCUUGUCGGUGAGCUGCAGAUCUGGGCACUUGACAACAUGGUAGAGCAAAGGUGGAGCCAGAAGUACAACAUUAAGUACCCACCAGAUUACAUUCUGGGUCCACGUUUUGUUCACAGGGAUAGAAUCCUCACACAACGUGGCCACAAUAAUGUAUGUUCGUACGAGUUGCUUGGUGAGAACUUCGAGAUUGAUUCAAGUAAGAUGGUGAAGCUGUUAGAUUUCAGUCCCUGCAGGCACAACUUGCAAUCUCACAACUGUGUGAAGUCACUUGUACGUUUAGAUGUAUACAAGAAUGCUAAGAUUGUGUGUAGGCCAAAACAGCGGGAAGGCUGGGAAUUGAACAAGUGGGAGGCGUGGGAGCGUGGGCUCUCUGAGAAUGAAAAAUUGCGGAGUGUCAUUCACCAAGUUGAGCUUAAUGGAAUUGCAUGUGCACAACAAAAUGGCAUAUGGUUCAAUGAUAUACUGCAACAUAUAUUGGAUGAUGCGAUUCGACGGGAAAUAGGCAUGAAAAUCGAUCAAAUAUUUCCAAACUUUCCAGACCAGCAGACAAGACCCCUCCGGCAUCUUAAUUGUGUGGCACAGAAGCUGGAUCAGGACAAUUUAAUUGCUCGUAUUAAUAAUAGUGAGACUAUUAUAAAGGCUAUGAUUCAGACAACAAAUAGUAUCUUUGACAUGAUUGAUAGUGCUGUAGAUGACCAGCUUUAUAUAGCAGACAAAUUAACAUAUAAGACUUGAGGAACAUUCAGAGUAGGAAGCAUGGAUUGAUUGGUAAAUGUUAAAUUUUCAUUUCCCGUUUUCUCGUUUGAGCUUCAAGUUCAAAAUCUGGCGACAUGAUUAUUAUGCUGUCUGUGCACCUUUUCUUUUUAAAGGAACUGAAAACAUUUUGUUAUCUUUCCUGUAAUGGGAAUUCUAGACUUUUGCCUGAUGUGUGAUGAAAGUACCAUUGUCUUGUGUUUGAACCUUACUCAUGUUUCAGAUUGGUGCUUCGAGUACAAAUGCUGGCAUUUCUUCUCAGAAUCACAGCGAGGGCGAUGACGCGAAGACUUGAUACUUGAGAGCUUAUCGUCAUUCUUCUCAGCCUACUAAGGCUGUUAUUCAACUCUUGCUUCUUUUUACCGUCGAGGGACUUGUUAGCUCUUUCGCCUGUAGAGCAGUUAUUUCUGCAGUACCACCGUUAUGUUUUCUCCAUUUCAAUUUGUUGCACUUGGACCUGAUUAAAAAUAUUGGUCUGUUUGAGACACUGAAGAAUUUGCGUACUGAAAGACCUUUGAUCAGAAGAUCCAAACCAGGUUCCUGACACGCCCUAUAUUCUGAAUCUCUGUUACAAUUCUGCGUUUGCCUUUUGGGGUCAUGGUCCAGUAGAGUAGCAAGGUAUCUUACGUAUCUUUAGAACAUGAUCAUGCCGGAAAUAUGAAUUGUGGUGUGAUUCCGGUCAGAGUUGUAAGCAAGUGGCUAAAUAUGUAAAUUUUCAUU